AUGGAACUUAAAAUUCUUGAAUUAUUUAGCAGCAUUGGAGACAUGCACUUUGCAUUUAAAUGUAAACGUCUUAAGGAAAUCAAAUUUUAUUAUGGGGAAUUUUUAUUGAGUGCCACACAAAUCGGUGUACCCAAUACCGGGCAUCGGAAAUGUACGGUUAGAAAAUUACAAAUUUUUCUAUUCUAG